AUGGAGAUUAAGAGGGAAUUUGAAGAACAAACAGCUACAAGUGUAAAGACAAAUAUGAAACUCUUUGAGUAUCUGAAAAGUAGGAAGCCUGCUGCGGGGCGCAGCCCGGCCCCCAGCGGGGCACAGAACUGUGUCCCCCUCGCCACCAGACGCUCGCUUCCAAGGAGCCCCCGCUCCCCAGCCGGGGGCAGAGCGGCCGAGCCUGCGGGGAAGCCCCCCGCCGCCCCCGGCUCCCCGGAGGAGGAGAAGGCGGCGGCGGCGCCGGCGAAGGGGAAAAGCUCCGGUCCCAGCGCCAGGAAGGGGAAGGGGCAGAUCGAGAAGAGGAAGCUGCGGGAGAAGAGACGAUCGACAGGUGUGGUGAACAUCCCCGCCGCCGAGAGUCUGGAUGAAUAUGACGAUGAUGAAACAGGACAGAAGGAGCGAAAGAGGGAAGAUGCUAUUACACAGCAGAAUACAAUGCAGAAUGAAUCUGCCAGUGCAGACCCAGGGGGCUCGUACCUAAUACAGGAAUCCUCUAGGACAGUUUCAAGCAGAUGUAAAAGUGCAUCUAAUGCACCUGAAGAUGAUGGUCCAAAUCGAUAUUCCCGAACAGACAGGACAGGAUAUAGCAGAUACAGCAGGGACGCAAAUUCUUCUGGGAAUUCUGUACCAAGCAGUGCUUUGGAAAAGAGGAUUGAAGAACUUGAAAAGGAACUAGCCAAGGAGAGGCAAGAAAAUGUGAGAUUAUUGAGGAUGACACAGGACAAAGAGGAACAGAUUGGGAAAUUGAAGGAAGAAAUUGAUUUAUUAAACAGAGACCUAGAUGAUAUAGAGGAUGAAAAUGAGCAAUUAAAGCAGGAAAAUAAGACCCUCUUAAAAGUUGUUGGACAACUGACAAGGUAGAAGAUUGAAACCUCAGUGAGGAGAGAGAGAUUUAAAAACUACUGAUUGAUAAAGUCAACAUUACAGUAAUACUUCCUGUGUUGCAGUAUGUUAAAAUAACCAAGUCUUUAUAUUUAUUAUUAGGAAACCAGAUGGAUGUUUAUUUUCAUAAUACAUUCUUUUUCAUUCAGUAAAAUGACAUCAACUUUUGUGGGUAUUUUUAACCUUACUUUUCACAUCAACAAUAAUUAAAAAUUAUGACAUCUUUCAAAAACAUUAAAUUCAUGGUGGUUGUAUUAGGUUUUGUCUUCUGACUACAUAUAAUCUGGUUAUAGUAGUUUAAAAAUCAGAGCACCAGGAUCACUUUUGGUCUUUGUUGGGUGUAUAUUUUUUUCUUGAAUGAAAGGAAGCAAUAAAAAUAAGCUUUGUUUACACAGAUCCAAAAUAUAUAUUUUGGGAGAUAUUUUCAUUUUGUUUCAGCCACUGUUAUGUGUAGGUGCCUUACUGAUGUGUAACAUUUUGCAGAUUGAUUACUUGUUCUAAAAUACAAAUCUUGUAUGUUGUGAGUUUUUUACUAUAUCUGAAAGACAAACAAUGCGUGAGUAGCGAUUUUCUUCUGUAUAGCAGUUGUCUUGGGGGAAAAAUAAGUUGUUUUAUUAAAAUUCAAUAAAUCAACUGUAGUUACCAACAUGAAUUUUUUUGUAACAUGUCUAAGUUGUGCACUAUAGUAUAUCAUAAUGCUUGUGCUUUAGCAGUGAAAUGCAAAUUUACUAUCCUACAGUAAGUUUGUUUUGUGUAUUGAGAAUAUAAACAAAGCCUGGAGCUUUCAUUUUGCAAAAGAAUUAAAACCUAAUUAUAUUUAAAUCUACCUAUUUUAAAUAUUUAGUGCUCAUAAUAAAUGAGAGUUUUAAGGGUUUUAAAAGCUGUGAUAAAGCUUGUUAUAAUGUAUGAAAGGGAAGUUUCAUAAAUUAUUUAGGCCUUUGAAAAACAUGAAGUAUGCAACAUACAAUAAAAACAUUCACUCUUGAUUGCCGCUAAUGUGUAUGAAAAUUAAAGCUUGCAUAUGCAGUUAAUUUUAGCCACUUGGGGCAAUAUUCUAGCAUUGUUUUUUAGUGCAAGAUGACACUUUCGUAAUAUAUAAACCACUGUCUUCAGUCACAAAUAAUUCUAGCCUAAAAAUUCUUGCUAGACUGAAACUUAUGCUUAGACUCAUCCUGGUAGGGCAUAACUCAUCCCUGAUUUUAAAAAAUAUGUAAGUCAUUUGAGUUACAAAAUCAGCUUUAAAACCUUCCUGAAGUUCCAAGCAUUUUUCCUCUCAUAACUUGAAUGUACCAAAAUACAAAGUUUGAAACAUCUACGGUUUUUGUUGCCUUAAAAUAUAAAGAUAACAUUAAUACAUAAUGAUAGCCAUCUACAAAGAUUUGCCCAUAGCUUCCAUUUUGAGAUAAACAGUCUUUGUAUUUAAUGAGACUAAGGAAUUCUUAAUUUUUUGAAUCCAGGAAUUAUCGCUUCAUGUUAGAUGCUUUGGUUUCGUUCUGAAUAUUGAACAGGUUACUUUGCUUUGUUUAUUUUAUAUUCCAAUAAGAGAGAAGAGAUUGAGAGUUUAAGAAGUAUUACACAGUACAUUUACCUUCUAAUAUGCUUGGAAGUUGUGCUCACAGUAGGAGUGAGCCCACACAGUCUUACUCGGAGCUUAAAUCCUUAAUGCAGGUUUUAAUUGGCACAAGGUUGAAGAUCACGGGUGAGCACUAAUCUAUGUCUUGCUCCAACAAUAAUAAGUCCUUAAUUUGAUCACUUUUACAAAAUUGGAAAUUUAAACAUGUAGAGGGGG